AUGUAUAAGCCCCUUGAGGGUCAGAUUGACGCUAAUGCGAGCGAGUUGCUGAUCGCAUGUAUUAAUAAGUUGCUGAUUGAGGUGUGUAUUAAGGCUCGAGAGAAUUCGAUUCAGCGCCGUUCGGGCGUGAUAGAGUACAGGGACAUGUUGAUGGCAAUUAUCGGUUCGAACGGGUUCAUGGCUGAGUUAUGGGAGAAGCAUGGGCGCACAUCGACGUUGGAGUCGUUGACCCUCCCGGGUCGCUGGGACCGAGCGGGUGCCACAUGGAACCACCCUGCAGUACCGAGUGGGGGGGACAAAUUGGAGAGCCAAGCGGUGAUCAGUUGUCUGGCUGACGAGAUCAAUGCUUUGAACGAUACUCUUUCUUAUCGCCGGUUCGACAGCAAGAGGCUGCAAAGGAACAAACGGCUGGACAACAAAAUGUAG